AUGAUCUCCACCACAAGCACCUUGCUCUCAUUGCCCAUCACCAUCUACGAUCCUUCAUCUGUAUCCGGCUUCUAGGCGUUCGCACCUACAGCUUUCAAUAUGGCCGACAACGACGAUUGGAACGAUGCCGCUCGUGACGCAGCACGCGACGACUACGCCCCUCGUCGAAGCGCUUCUCCUCGCGGUGCGACGCCUCCGCGUCGCGAGCGCAGCCCAGCGCGCAACGACGAUCGCGAAUUCCGCCGUGAGCGUAGCCCACCUCGUGGCGACUCCUUCCGUGGCCGCCCUGCACCUGGCAGCGACAACCCGAACCCAGGCAACAACCUGCACAUCUCUGGUUUAAGCCUGAAGACGACGGAGCAGGAUCUCGAGGACGUCUUUGCCAAAUAUGGAAAGCUGAACAAGGUCCAGGUGAUGUAUGAUCCCCACACACGCGAGCCUCGUGGCUUUGCUUUUGUGACGUUUCACAACAACACGGAUGCCGAGGCUGCGGUCGAUGGCGCGAAUGGUGUCGAGAUUCUCGGACGUUCGAUCACGGUAGCAAAGGCACGUCGAGGACGUGCUCGCACCCCCACACCAGGGCGCUACUGCGGUCCUCCGAAAAAGGAUGAUCUUCCACCGCGCGGCUACGGUGGCUAUGGACCUCCCGGAGGCUACGGUCCUCCUCGCGGUUAUGGUGGCCCACCACCUGCACGGGACUACCCUCCUCGUGACUAUCUGCCUCGCGACUACCCCCCGCGAGACUACCCUCCUCGCGACUAUCCUCCUCGCGGAUACGGCGCCCCACCCCCGCGCGCUUAUGAUGACUAUCCUCCCCCUCGUCGCGGCGGGUAUGAUGACCCUCCCCCUCCUCGUCGUGCCUACGACGAUCUUCCUCCCCCUAGAGCGCGCUACGACGAUGCUCCUCCUCCUCGCAGCCGCUACGACGACCUCCCGCCUCCUCGCCCUCGCUACUGAGGCGACUCUUGAAGACAAGGCUCGCUGGCACCACAAGCCGACGUCGUCCCUGCCGACUCGACUCUACAUGAAAGCAUCGUCUUCUCAUUCCAGCCGCCAGAUGUGUUUUUUUUCGCAAGAGAUGUGAAUGGCACGGCGGCUACACACCAACUUCACUUUCCAACAAAACAAAGAGUCCUCAAGGAGAUUGGCCAUCAUCGACAUGUGCUUGCAAGGCAAAAAUCAAGGUGAAGUGAGCAGAGUUCUUGUUCCUCUUUCCCGGAGAUUCUUGCCAGCAAGACAAUUGUGAAUUGUUCUCGUUCCCUCCGUAAAAUUUGUUGUCGCGUUGCGUCUCGAUCUCGACCUGUACAUUCGAAUACAUGUCGUUUUG